AUGGCACUUGCGCAGAAAGCAGGAUUCGACUUCGAGAACAUAGACCCUUCGUUGAGAUUGGCUGCUCACCAAGAGCAAGUGAAUAAAAGAGUGUUGUCUGAGUAUAUACGGAUUGUGAAAAUGUCCGACCCUUUUUGGCAAUUCUUUAUAAAUGAAGGAAGAAAAAGGCUGAUGGACUACAACCGGAAAGAGAAGAGCAACGUAAGAGUGAUCCGGGAUCAAACCAUUCCAAUGUCGGAUCUAGAGAAUUUAAGUCUUUACUUGCGAAAGAAAAUAAAGCAACAUUAUCAAUCCAAAAAGGCCGUUCCCCCUGAAAUGUCAGUUAAAAAUGGAUAUAUCACGAUAACGUCAAGUAGUGGAGAACGAAAGAGGAUGAGAGCAACUGAACUUGCGGUAAUGCUAGGAUGGGAGUAUAAUGACUGGCAGUGUAUAUGCAUUAGAAAAUUAUUAACAAAUACGGAAAAGAAUCUAGCGAAAUUGUCUGCCAAUACAGAAGUAGCUACUGUGGAUAAGGUCAGAAAACGUGCCCUAGCAAAAAUUGAUGAAGAAGGGGAGAAUAUACCACCUAAGUGUAAGCCUAAAUUAAAUAUCAGAGAAUAG